UUUAAAAUACUUUUAUUUAUAGAAAAAUAUGCAAAUGAAGAGUCCUAUUUACUGCAAGCAACCUGUAAAUGAAGAUAUCAACUAUCCAAUACCAUCAUUAUCUACUAUAAAUGAUACGGAAGAAAUAUCUGAGGAUGAUGAUGAAAUACAACAAUCUGAGAAUAAUAGUGAAGAAGAAAUGUAUGAAUAUGAAGAGGAGGCGGAAGAACAAGAGCAACAACCUAUUGAAGAGGAGAAAAUUUAUGAAGAAAAUAUUAAAAAUAAUUCAAAUUUAAAUGAAAGUGAAAUGGUAAAUGAAGCAGUAGCUAUCUGUGAAGAAAUUGAUGAAUUAUUAGAUGAUGCAUUAAGUGACUGUGAGUCCAGCAGUAGUACAGAAUCACUUGUUCCUGUUAAACAGAGUGCCAACCCAGAGUAUGGAAGAAAGUUAAGUUAA